AUGGCGGAGCGGGCGCCCGAGCCCGAGGCGGAGGCGGAGGCUGAGGCGGGCGCAGGCGGGGAGGCGGCGGCCGAGGAGGGCGCGGCGGGUCGCAAGGCGCGGGGCCGGCCGCGGCUCACGGAGUCGGACCGGGCCCGGCGGCGGCUCGAGUCCCGGAAGAAGUACGACGUGCGGCGCGUGUACCUGGGCGAGGCGCACGGGCCCUGGGUGGACCUGCGGCGCCGCAGCGGCUGGAGCGACGCCAAGCUCGCCGCCUACCUCAUCUCGCUGGAGCGCGGCCAGCGGAGCGGCCGCCACGGGAAGCCUUGGGAACAAGUCCCCAAAAAGCCAAAGCGGAAGAAAAGGCGGCGGCGCAACGUGAAUUGUCUGAAGAACGUGGUGAUCUGGUACGAGGACCACAAGCACCGCUGCCCCUACGAGCCGCACCUGGCCGAGCUGGACCCCACCUUUGGCCUGUACACCACGGCCGUGUGGCAGUGUGAGGCCGGCCACCGCUACUUCCAGGACCUGCACUCGCCCCUGAAGCCGCUCAGCGACUCGGACCCCGACAGCGACCAAGUGGGCAAUGGCCUGGCAGCCGGCAGCUCUGACUUAUCCGGCUCCAGCUCGGGCUCCGACUCCGAGGAGCCCCCUGAGGGUCAGCCAGCCAAGGUGACAGCGGCAGCAGCGGCAGUCACCCCGACCAGCCCCGCGGGCAGCAGCGGGCUCAUCACGCAGGAGGGCAUGCACAUCCCCUUCGACGUCCACCACGUGGAGAGCCUGGCCGAGCAGGGCACCCCGCUGUGCCCCAACCCGGCGGGCAGUGGGCCCGAAGCCCUGGAGACGGUGGUGUGUGUGCCGGUGCCCGUGCAGGUGGGCCCGGGCCCCGGCACCCUGUUCGAGAACAUGCCCCAGGAGGCACUGGGCGAGGUGGUGGCCAGCUGUCCCAUGCCGGGCAUGGUGCCCGGCUCGCAGGUGAUCAUCAUCGCGGGCCCCGGCUAUGACGCCCUCACAGCUGAGGGCAUCCAUCUCAACGUGGCCGCAGGCAGCAGUACCGCUGGUGGGAGCCUGGGCGACGAGGUGCCCUGCGCCAUGAUGGAGGGUGUGGCAGCCUACACGCAGACAGAGCCCGAGGGCAGCCAGCCCAGCACCCUGGACCCCACCGCCGUGGCAGACAUUGAGACCAAGAAAGCUACCCGCCCCGUGUCCACCCCCGUAGAGAAGGAGGACCUGUACAUGCUCAAGAAAGAGGAGAAGGAGGAGCCAGUGGCCCCGGAGCUGGCCAAGCUGGCGGCAACUGUGCCUGAGAGCACUGAGCCCGAGGCCGAGGCAGACGGGGAAGAGCUGGACGGCAGCGACAUGUCGGCCAUCAUCUACGAGAUCCCCAAGGAGCCCGAGAAGAGGCGGCGGAGCAAGCGGGCGCGGGUGAUGGACGCCGACGGCCUGCUGGAGAUGUUCCACUGCCCCUAUGAGGGCUGUAGCCAGGUCUACGUGGCCCUCAGCAGCUUCCAGAACCAUGUCAACCUCGUGCAUCGGAAAGGGAAGACCAAAGUGUGUCCUCAUCCCGGCUGCGGCAAGAAGUUCUAUUUAUCCAACCACCUGCGGCGGCACAUGAUCAUCCACUCAGGUGUGCGGGAAUUCACCUGCGAAACCUGCGGCAAGUCCUUCAAGAGGAAGAACCACCUAGAGGUGCACCGGCGCACGCACACCGGCGAGACGCCCCUGCAGUGCGAGAUCUGCGGCUACCAGUGCCGACAGCGCGCUUCGCUCAACUGGCACAUGAAGAAGCACACGGCCGAGGUGCAGUACAACUUCACGUGCGAGCGCUGCGGCAAGCGCUUCGAGAAGCUGGACAGCGUCAAGUUCCACACGCUCAAGAGCCACCCCGACCACAAGCCCGCUUGACCCGCCCGACCACCGCCCACCCCUAUUUAUUCGUCCGCUUGGACACCACGCCCGGGCCUGCCCGGACCGCCGAGGGCGUCGCCCGGACCGCAGGCCGGAAGGAGGCGCCCCUGCCCCGCCCCAGGGCUGGGCCCCCGGGGCAGACCCCCCCCACCCGCCCCGGCCCGGCUCCGGAGCUGGCGCCUGGGGCCGCGCUGCUGGAACUGUGUCAAGAGAGCAGAGCAAGAUUAAAGAGCGAGAAAGGA